CCAGACGCUAAAGAAAGCUGAUGCUUCCACGUGGCUCUUCGGAAAGCGCUGUGAGCUGCAGGGUCCAGAAAGUUUUCUCAUUGGUGCCACCUGCAGAGACGGAAAAGGAGUGCCCGGCCAUUCGAGGAAGUUCCUGACAGCGACACAAUGAGCAGAACAGAGGUCAGCGAGGUGGACUGAAGGCUGCGACUUCUGGGAAGCAACAAAGGCAGGGCGUGCUCAGCAGCUGUGGGGGCAAAGGAACCACUUCUGCAAUGGAGAAAUUUCAGGCAGCAAUGUUGCUGGGGAGUGUCGGGGAUGCUCUCGGAUACAGAAACGCCCGCAAGGAGAACAGUGCUUCAGGCACAAAGAUCCAGGAGGAGCUGCAAAAACUUGGGGGGCUGGACCACCUCGUGCUCUCACCAGAGAAAUGGCCGGUGAGUGACAACACCAUCAUGCACAUGACGACAGCCGGGGCCCUCACCACAGACUACUGGUGCCUGGAUGAUCUGUACCGGGAGAUGGUGAAGCGCUACGUGGAAGUCCUUGAGAAGCUUCCAGAACUUCGAGCAGACCCAGCUACCAUUGAAGGCUGCUCGCAGCUGAAGCCAGAUAACUAUCUUCUUGCCUGGCACACGCCUUUCAACGAGAAGGGCUCAGGAUUCGGAGCUGCCACCAAAGCGAUGUGCAUCGGCAUGCGGUACUGGAAGCCUGAGCGGCUGGAGACCCUUAUCGAAGUCAGCAUCGAGUGCGGCAGGAUGACACACAACCACCCCACAGGCUUCCUUGGGUCCCUAUGCACGGCCCUGUUUGCAUCUUACGCUAUACAAGGAAAGCCUCUCGAGCAGUGGGGGAGAGACAUGAUGAAGACGGUCCCACUGGCUGAAGAAUAUUGUAAGAAGACCAUCCGGCACAUGGCAGAGUACCAGGAGCACUGGUUUUACUUUGAAGCUAAAUGGCAGUUUUACUUGGAGGAGAGAAAAAUCAGUGAAGGCACGGAAAGUAAAGCCGUCUUUCCCGACCACUAUGAUGCAGAGGAGAGGGACAAGACCUACAAGAAAUGGAGCUCGGAAGGUCGAGGGGGACGGCGGGGCCAUGAUGCCCCCAUGAUUGCCUAUGAUGCUCUUUUAGGAGCCAGGAACAACUGGACGGAGCUCUGCUACCGGGCCAUGUUUCAUGGAGGUGAGAGCGGGGCCACAGGAACCAUUGCAGGCUGCCUGUUUGGAUUGCUCCACGGCCUGGCCGCUGUUCCCAAAGGCCUGUACCAGGACCUGGAGCAUAAGGAGGAGCUGGUGCACCUGGGUGAAGUUCUUCACCGCCUGUCCACAGAGGAGAAGUAAAGCCCUUCUGCCAUUGUCCCUUUCUAGGGAGCCCAUUCCAGCUCCAAGUGCCCCAAGGAAGUCUACAGUGAGACUUACCUGACUCUCGGUUCACUGGGAAUCCAUGCCUAAUUGUCCAUGAUUACAUUUUA